AUGCCCGCGGGGAAAGCCACGACCGAUUCAGCCGCCGCAGCCGCCGUAGCUGCCGCAGCCGCAGCGCGCGGAGCAGAGGGGAGGAGCGGGGGAGCGAGCGGGGGAAAGGGUGGCGGAACGGGGGGAGACAAAUUGCGGUGGGGGGAGUGGAUGGGGCGUCCGCAGCAUCAAGAGGGGAGAGGGGGAAGCAGGGGCGCGGGGGGAACGGGCGGGGAUAACGUGGGAGGGGCGAGCAUGCGUGUGGGAUGGUUGGGCGCAUCUGGACGGUCGGAUUUCGCGAUUAUUGUGACGAGGACAAGUGGCGCGAUCUGGUUGGAGGAGAUGCACAGGCGGAGGGUGCAUCAUGCGCUGUGCGGUUUUGGGCGGGAAAGGAAGAGCCUUGAGGCGUUUGCAAUGGCACAGCAGCGGAAAGAGGAAGGGGAAGGUAUAGCGGGGAAGGAAAACCAAGGGGAGACUGGGGCAGAGGGUGGAACGGAGGGUGGAGCAGAGGGGGAAGACAAGGGAUUAGAGGGAAAAGAGGAGAUUCAGAAAGGACCGGCGAGUUCUACUCGUGCUGCAGCUGCUGCAUUAGCUAUUCCGCCUAAGCUAGUUCCUGGUGCGUUAAAGCGUGCUCCGUUAACCAGGAAGGUCAAACGGGGACUGGAAGGCGUGGGGGAUGGGGCAGUGUACAGUGGGGUUACUGUAGAAGGUGUGCUUAUAGGGGGGGUUAUGCAAGCGGGUAAUGCUGCCAGUGGGGCUGGUGGGGGUCGCACUGGUUUGGACGGGGAUUUGGGAAAAGAGGUUGGGGAAAACAGGGAUGGCGGUAGGGGGGACGAGAAUGGGGGGGUUGGCGGAGAGAGGGGAGAUGGGGGCGGAAGUAGAGAAGGGGGAGGUGGGGGAAGUGGGGAAGAGGAAGGGGAUCGGGAGGAAAGGGGGUCGGGUUUUGCUCUAGAGGAGCAAGGAGAAGACGAGGAGGAGGAGGAAGAAGAAGAAGAGAGUUUAAGAGGAGAUGAGGAAGCGGACGAGGAUGAAGAGGGAGGAGCGUUGACGAGACGGUCAGCCAGCAGUGGCAGCGCUAUUAUCAGAAGGAGAAGGUUACAGGAAGAAGCGAGGGAAAGAGGCGAGAGAGGAGCAGCAGCAGCCGCAGCAGGAGCCGCAGGGGGAGGGAGGGGAGGAGCACGGGUGCAGCGGGGAAGCAGCGGGGGAGGAGCAGCAGCGCACGUGCCCCAUUGGAGGAGAGCCAGCGGGGGAGGCGACGGGGAGAGAUGGCAAACAGCAAGAUACGAACCGAGCCCAACCGUUUCAAUCGACUGUACCAUGUCCUCUACUGCCUCCUCGCCCCUAGACCCUGCUCUCAUGCAAUCCCCGUACUACCCACACCAUAUCCUGCCGCACAACCUGCCGCCCCUGCACGUGCAGAAUCGGCAGCACAGGCGACAGCUGUCGAAUCAGUCGUUCCCUGUGGGGUUGCAGCAGCAGGGCCCUCGCUCCCCUCUCUUCUCCAUGCCUCGAGAUGCUGGGCUCCCCCCUGCUCCUGCUCCCGCUGUCGCUGUUUCUGCUGCUGGUUCCGGUUCUGGUGCUGUUAGUGCUGGUGCUGGGGGUGCCGGUGGUGUCGGUGGUAAUGACAGUGCUGGUUUUAGUGGUGCGGAGGUUCUAUCUCUUGGGCAGCAAGGGGAUGGAGAAGGAGCAGGAGCUGCAGCGGCAGCACUGUUAGACUUAGAGGAGGGUGUGGAUCAGAGCGAAGAGAAGGACGAUGAGAAGGACGAGGAGAAGGACGAGGAGGAGAGCGCAGAGCAGAGUGGAGAGCAGAGCAUGCAGCAAAGCUCAAGCGCGGGGCGGAGGAGAGUGAUGGCCCGUUUCCCUCGGGCUAUGUCCACUCCUGCUGGAAUAGGCAGGUCGCCUUUAGGGGGGAGCAGCCCUCUGUCUGACGUGGAUGAUGGAGAGGAGGGUGGGAAGCGUGGGGGGGAGAGUGAGGAGGAGAGUGAGGAGGGAAGUGGGGAGGGGAGUGAGGGAAGUGAGGAGGGGAGUGGGGAUGCGAGUGAGGGGGGAGGAGGGGGGAGUCCGCACAUGAGUGAUGGCGAGAUGGGUGGUCUGCACGAAACCAUCACUGAAUGUACUGAGCCUUCCGAACACAGCCACAACCACCACCGCGAAUCCUCAUCCCCUUUACAACACAACCCAGUAUCGUCACCACGUGCCGGAACAGCCGCCGCAAUUGCAGCCGCUGCCGAAGCAGCGAACCCGAGCCUGCCGCCGACCCUGGCCUCUCUGGGGAAGAAAGCCGAAGCAACACUGUCGACCCGAACCUACCGAGACAAGGACGGUAUAGAGUGGCACAAACGUGGGCCUCUUACCGAAGCUGCUGCUGUGGAAUUUGAUACCGAGCCUAUGGACAUGCCUGCUGUGGUGGAUCGGUAUGGGUUUGUGGCGGAGGAAGGGGAGGGGAGGGAGGGGAAUGGGGGAGGGGAGGAGGUGAGAGGGGUGGCAGGGGUGCAUCCUCCGCAGGCUAGCUUGUUGGAGAAGGAGGAGCGGCUUUUGUUCAUCAAGGAGGAGAGGGAAGUGCGCAGGUGGCGCGCUAUGAUUGGUCUAGGGCCCAUGGAUUGGAACCUCUACGAGAGGAAACACCCCCGGGAGGUCAAGAAGCGGAUAAGACAAGGCGUGCCGGACUGCCUGCGCGGGAUCGUGUGGCAGCUUUUGUCUGGUAGCCGGGAGUUCCUGCUGAUGAAUGAAGGCGCGUAUGAGCACAUGUUGCUGUACGAGCUAUCUAACAACGAGAUGGACAUCAUACGAGACAUCAACCGCACCUUCCCCACACACGUCUACUUCAUGCAAAAGCACGGCCCGGGGCAGAGGGCGCUGUUUAAUGUGCUCAAAGCUUACAGCGUUUAUGACAAGAAGAUUGGCUAUGUGCAGAAGCACGGCCCGGGGCAAAGAGCACUCUUUAACGUGCUCAAGGCUUACUCUGUCUACGACAAGAAGAUUGGAUACGUGCAGGUAAGGGCAAGAGAGGUAUCGGCAUCAACCGCACCUUCCCCACGCACGUCUACUUCAUGCAAAAGCACGGCCCGGGGCAGCGCGCUCUUUAACGUGCUCAAGGCUUACUCUGUCCAAGUCAAGAAGAUUGGCUACAUGCAGGGCAUGGGCUUCAUAGCGGGCCUGAUGCUUCUCUACAUGGCGGAGGAGGACGCCUUCUGGCUGCUCGUUGCGCUCAUGAAGGGCGCCAACCACACCUCGCUCGAAGGAAUCUUCCUCGUGGGUCUACCCCUAGUGCAGCAAUAUCUCUUCCAUUUUGACCGCCUGCUGCACGAGUGCAUGCCGCAUCUGGCACGGCACAUGGAGGGGGAGGGAGUGACCGUGGGUCUACCCCUAGUGGAGCAGUACCUGUUCCAGUUCGACCGCCUCUUACACGAGUGCAUGCCGCAGCUGGCACGGCACAUGGAGGGGAAAGGAGUGACGCUGCACUCAUGCUGCUAUCUCAUCACUUCUCAUCCCCUGAUCCCUCUCUUCCCCCCACCCUCCAGGUGGGUCUACCACUGGUCCAACAAUAUCUCUUCCAGUUCGACCGCCUCUUACACGAGUGCAUGCCACAGCUGGCACGGCACAUGGAGGGGGAGGGGGUGA